ACCAUUAUAUAAACCCAUCUCAUUGAGAACUCUCCUCACACACCACACCCUCAUUAGCUAGCUCGCACAUUAAGUUAUAUAACACAUAUUUGCUUGCUUAGAAAUACUAUUAUUGAAGAUAUGGGGAGUGUAGAUUAUGAGUACCCUUUGGGCAUGAACAACUUUGAGAGAGUGCACCAAGUGGAGGUUCCACCGCCACAGCCGUUUUUCAAGUCUCUAAAGUACUCUUUGAAGGAGACUUUCUUCCCUGAUGACCCUUUGAGGCAGUUCAAGAACAAGCCAGCUUCCAAGAAGUUCAUGCUUGGCCUUCAGUUCUUCUUCCCCAUUUUCGAAUGGGCUCCCAAAUACACCUUUCAGUUCUUGAAAGCUGACCUCAUAGCUGGCAUCACCAUCGCUAGCUUGGCCAUUCCUCAGGGCAUCAGUUAUGCCAAGCUCGCCAACCUCCCUCCAAUUCUUGGACUAUAUUCGAGCUUUAUACCACCAUUGAUUUAUGCGAUGAUGGGUAGCUCGAGGGAUUUGGCAGUGGGGACUGUGGCGGUUGGAUCGCUUCUGAUGGGUUCGAUGUUGAGUAAUGCCGUUGAUCCCAAUGAAGACCCAAAGCUUUACCUCCACCUGGCUUUCACAGCUACAUUAUUUGCUGGUGUUUUUCAGGCUGCCUUGGGUCUGUUUAGGUUGGGGUUGAUCGUGGAUUUUCUGUCACAUGCAACCAUAAUAGGGUUCAUGGGAGGAGCAGCCACGGUGGUGUGUCUGCAGCAACUAAAAUCGAUUCUUGGCCUUGAGCAUUUCACCCAUGGAGCUGAUAUCAUAUCAGUGAUGCGCUCUGUUUUCACCCAAACUCAUGAGUGGAGGUGGGAAAGUGCUGUGUUAGGAUGUGUCUUCAUUUUCUUCCUCCUUAGCACAAGAUACUUCAGCAAAAAACGACCAAGGUUUUUUUGGGUGUCAGCAAUGGCGCCAUUGACGUCCGUUAUAUUGGGAAGUCUCUUGGUUUAUUUCACUCACGCCGAGAAGCACGGUGUUGAAGUGAUAGGAGAACUGAAGAAGGGUUUGAAUCCACCAUCACUCACAAAUCUGGUAUUUGUGUCGCCUUACAUGACUACAGCUGUCAAAACUGGCAUUGUCGUUGGCAUCAUAUCACUUGCGGAAGGAAUAGCAGUAGGAAGAAGCUUUGCAAUGUAUAAAAAUUACAAUAUUGAUGGCAACAAAGAGAUGAUAGCUAUUGGGACCAUGAACGUAGUUGGUUCUUUCACCUCUUGCUACCUCACAACAGGACCAUUUUCGCGUUCGGCUGUGAACUAUAACGCUGGAUGCAAGACAGCAGCUUCCAACAUUAUAAUGUCACUUGCAGUAAUGUUGACAUUGUUAUUCCUGACACCCUUGUUCCAUUACACUCCCCUGGUGGUGCUAUCAGCUAUUAUCGUAUCUGCAAUGCUUGGACUCAUAGAUUAUGAAGCAGCCAUCCAUCUAUUUAAGGUUGACAAAUUUGACUUUGUGGUGUGCAUGAGUGCAUACAUUGGCGUGGUCUUUGGCAGUGUUGAAAUUGGCUUAGUCAUAGCUAUUGUAAUAUCUGUACUUCGGGUACUUCUAUUUAUUGCAAGGCCAAGGACAUUCGUUUUGGGCAACAUUCCAAAUUCUGUGAUAUACCGAAAUGUUGAGCACUAUCAAAAUGCAAAACAUGUUCCUGGAAUGCUAAUUCUAGAGAUUGAUGCACCAAUUUACUUUGCCAAUGCCAGCUAUUUAAGAGAAAGGAUCACAAGGUGGAUUGAUGAAGAAGAAGAAAGAAUUAAAGCUACAGGGGAGACUAGUUUGCAGUAUGUUAUAAUUGAUAUGAGUGCUGUUGGAAACAUUGAUACAAGUGGAAUAAGUAUGCUUGAAGAGGUGAAGAAGAUUACAGAGAGAAGAGAGCUACAGCUUGUUUUGGUCAAUCCUGUAAGUGAAGUGAUGAAGAAACUGAACAAAUCGAAGUUCCAAAAUCAUUUAGGGAAGAAAUGGAUCUAUCUGACUGUUGAAGAGGCCGUUGGAGCAUGCAACUUCAAUCUACGUGCAAGCAAAACGAACCCAAAGAAAGAUGAAACAGAGGGUUGGAACAAUGUGUGACUGAGUCAUAUGCCAAAGAGUAUUCUAAAUAACUCAAAAAGCUUAUUCGUUUUCGUCUUAGUAAUGUUACCACUACAAUGUGUGGCAUGAGAAUUUCUGAAUCACGCCGAAGAAGUUUUAAAGGCAUAGGAAAAUGAAAGAUGCAAGGGUCUUCUAAUUUCUCAACUCUGCAUCCUUAGUUAGAAGAAAAUCUCCUAUGUAUAGGCUGUUGAAAUAAUCUUUACGUAUCAUGCUUGAUAAUAUAUUCAAGAGAAAUGCUAGCAACACACUCUCAGACACACUCUUUUGAACACAUGUAAAGAGGUAAAGAAGUGUGUUGCUAGCACUCCUCCAUAUUCAAUUGUAAAGUAAUUGCCAUGAGAAUUUAAAAAUCCUUUGGAAACGUCUAAGAACUAGAACCAAUCAAUGUGGAUUUCUGA